AUGUCUGAAAUACCUUCGAUCUCCCACUUCGCGCUCCCGCUGCCCCUCUGGCUGCAGCCCGUCAGCUACCGCACGGCCAAGUACGACCCGCCCAAGCGCGCCAAACGCGCCGCCGCCCGCGAGGAAGAGGAGGAGGAUGACGACGACGACAACGACGAUAACGAAGAAGGCCGCCUCGAGACAGACAAUGAGGAGGAGGACGUCGACCGCAGCUUCGAUGUCGUCGCGGCCCGCCGGUCUCGCGAGAGCACGGUGAAAAGCGAACGCUCGCGGCGCUCCGUCUCGUCCAGCGCCGCCGCUGUGCUGACGCCCGCCGAAGCCCACCAGUACCGCGUCGCCGGGCACGCGCCCGAAUCCGACCUGCCCGGCGGCAACUUCCCGCACUCGCGGCGCGGCUCGAUGUCCUCGGCGGCAACACCGUUCGUGGCGCCGCGGCGCCGGCGCGACGUCGAGCGCGACCUGGCGCUGCUCAACCCGCCCGUGUUCGCGCGCGGCAGGUCGACGAUGGCGCGUAGCACGCUGCGCCUGCGCCACCUGGGCGUGCUCACGACCAUCCUGCACCGGUGCCUGCUGCAGGGUGACUAUGUGCGCGCGGGCCGCGCGUGGGGCUUGCUGCUGCGCGACGAGUGGGGCGGGCAUGCGCUGGAUGUGCGCACUGAGGGCCGAUGGGGCGUCGGGGCCGAGAUCUUGCUGCGGAGCCGGAACGGCGGUGAUGGUGGUGAAGAUGAUGAUGGGGGUUGGUUCUCGCGCGCCGGCUUCGACAAAGCGAGAUACUACUACGAUCGGCUGGUGCUGCACUUCCCGUACCGCAAGCACGCCCCGCACGCCCUGGGGCCGUUACAUUUCUACCCGGCCAUGUUUGGCCUCUGGAUCUCUGUCGUGCAGGAGGAGAGCAGAGCCGCGCGUGAGGCGCCGCUCGACGAGCCCGAACCCGAGUUUAUCUACGAUCCCAACGAGAACAUGUCGAUCUGCAGCGGCACGGCCUCUGACGACCGCCGGCGCCGGGCACAGGCCGUAGCGCGCGCGCGCACCGCGGAACUCGACGAGGCGCAGCGCAUCGCCGCGCGCCUGGACGACCUGCUCGUCUCGCCGCCGUUCUCCGACAGCUACGAGCUGCUGCGGCUGCGCGCCAUGAUCUCGCUCUGGAUCGCCGACCUGUUCGUGUCGUCCGUGUCGCCGGACGAUGCCGCUGCCGCCGCCGGCGGCUACGAGACCGACAACUUUGCCCCCGCCGCGCGCUACGACCACGAUGGCGAUGUGAGUAUGGCCUACGACGAGCCUGUGGAUUCCAUCCUGGCGCGUAUGGAAGAGGGCCUGGGGAAUGAAAGGAAGGCCGCGGAGGUGGAGAAGGCCAGGGCGUUUUUCCACCGGGCUCGGAGGAGGAAGGAGGGCCCGCUGUCAGAUAUGGAUAGAUUAUAUAUACGCAAGCUCCAGGAGUAG